AUGGAGAAGGCCCAUGACUGGAAAUAUGUCAGGAGCAAAUCAAAAGGCAGGCGCUCGGCCGCUCAGCGCAAAGCCGACGACCAUGGUUACGCGCCAACGAACCACGGCAUGAUGGUCGAGGCCGACCUCGGCAGCAGCACGGCUGCCUCUGCCUCCCCCCAGUCCUUGAUUGCGCCACCGGCCGAGGGGGACUUCAUCCUCUUUGACGAUCAAGAAGAUGCAAUCGGCGACCAUGACAACCUUUACCCACAUUACGGCGACGCCCACAACGUCGAGUCCUAUCUUCCCUGGACCUCACCAACCACUCGGUUACGAGACAACGAACUAGUCAUUGAGAGGUUCAGUCAGACCUACAACAGCAUGCAAGAGAACCCGGGCAUGGCUGCCGGCCCCUGUGGAGUUGGACCGGCCCCUGUGCUCCCCAACUUUCCGCUUCACAGUGUCCAGCACUACCCACAAAUUGGUCACCAAGAAUCGUUCGCCAUGGAUGUUGCGAUCAAAGCCGAAUCCCCCGUCUUGACUAUCGACACCACCGUUCCGCCGACGAAACGAAAGUACGAGCCUGUUGAAGCCCCCCUGGCACACCUAGAGCAAGUUCCCACGUCGACAUCUGGCAUGCAGCCGGAUCGCAGCCGAAAAGCCGGAGCAGGUCAGGGAGCGCCGACCCCAUCCAAAGCCCGUCCCGCGUCGAAAGCCAGAGACAGUAGCGGUGAAGACGUUGGCCGUCCGAAAAAGAAGACGAAACCCAAUUCUACCGAUGACUUCACCGACAUAAGCAUGCCCGACAUCUUCCGCCAUGCUCACCCCACUUUAUACGACAGAAACCGGUCGGACAAAUACUCCCCAUGCCACACUGUGCAUCGAGAGAUCUCGACACUAGUCCGGCACCUAAGCAGGCCGGCCCAUCGCCUCACUGUGACAGAGCGGGCCAUCUCCUCGUUCGACGUUGAAGAUACCGACUUCGGACACCCAAGAGUGGGCGUCUGCCGAUCCUGCUGGCGGACUUUCAGUAACCGCGCCGCGUUCGACGACCACCUCUCCCGUUACUGCCAGAGGGUUUCCAAGGGAAAGAAAGAAAAAUGGCGUGUUCUGUUCGAGAGCUUUACCCCGCUGCAUGAUUCAACAGACACUCUUCUCUCGAGCGCCGAGUCAACCCAGCAGACCGAACCACAACGGGAAAGAGAUUCCGACUACCCUGAUGAGUCUCUCGUUAUGGACAUCGACGAUGACACUGACUUGGCGAGAACCCCUUCAACCUCGGUUCCGUCGCCCAUCACCCCUGAGCUGGUAGAUCCUGCCCUCGAGGGUUUAAACGCUGGGCGAUUCGUUCCCGCCGACGAGCACGACAGGUUGCAAAAGGAGCAUGAAGCCUUGCGCGAAAGGCAUCAGCAGCUCGAGCGGAUGGCGCAAGCCCUCCUGAUCCAGCGCCUGGUGCAAAACUUGAAGCCUGCCACGACGUCCAACCCCGAUGCUAAGCCGCCAUCUCCAGGCUCGUCCAAAAAGAGCCACUCUGCCACCUCGCCCGCGACCUCUGAUCGAGACAACCUCGUCCAACACAUGGAUUCACAAUCCACCGAUGUGGACGUGCAUGCUUUCAUGGAAGAAGUGGAGGGCACCCGCCAGUCACUUUCCCGCAUGAGUUCCGGCCUCACCAUAGCCUCUCGCUCAACCAUCCACCGCGUCCCGCCGAGCCCACCAUCUCGGAAUGCGGAGCUACCAGGCGCCAAACAAGGUGACCAGCCAAGCCACCAGGCCAAGGACACCCUCGCCCAUCGGCCGCCGCCCCUCCCAUCGAUCCCCGACUCGGGGUAUGGCACCGAAAACAGACGCGGCAGCCUGGGCGAUCUCCUCGCCGGUGUGGGCGCAGGCGCAGACGCAGGGCAACUAGCAAUCCCCAUGAGGCCGCUGACUCCGCCAUCCUCUGCUGAGGUAGCUCAGGAGCCCAAAAAGACUCCCGGUGGCGAAGGCAUGCCAUGGGGCGAAAGCCCCUCGCAACAGGCCCCUCGCAUCGGGAGCGACACCCCGCCGCUAUCAGCUCCCCAUCAAAGCCAGAUGGGGUUCCUGACAGACCAAGAGAUGGCUGACUACGACGACGCUUCUUACAACAUUUUCUACGGUAACCUUUUAGAGGCGCGCGCUUCGCCGCCCGGUUUCACUUUUGAGUUUCCCUCGCAGGUCGAGUAA